UCAGGAGGCGGAAUAGACUUUCCGGCGUUGUUUGUAAAACACUUCCACGCAAUGGAAGCCUGCUGUUACUCCAACCAAUAAUUUCACUUUUUUUCUAUUAAAACCGCAUUAAAUCGCGGUUCGGUACUGUAGAAGUUAAUGGUGCGGUUCUCGAUGGCAUUGAAUUAUUUGUCCUAGUUUACUCUCGAAGUCUACGAUUGACAAUGUGGUCGACAGAGUAUGUGGAGUUGAAGCGUAUCGAUGAGUUAUUGCAAUGCGGGAUAUGCUACGAGUACAUGGACACUUGUGUGAUAACCUCCUGCUCCCACAGUUAUUGUUCCUUGUGCAUUAGGAAGUAUCUGCAUUACAAGACCCAAUGUCCAAUUUGUUCCGAGGAAACCUUCGAGAAGGACUUGAGAAAGAACAAGCUCUUGGAUGAGAUUAUCAUGCAUUAUUUGAAUUUUAAAGAGAAACACGACAAGAAGUUUCAUCGUGAAAAAUUGACCGCCAAGAAUGACAAUUCUGGAAUGAUCUGCUCCACAAACAAUUUUGCGUGCAAGAAGGAGCAAGAUGUUUCCGAUGUGACGGCCGAGGUAUCUCACAAAAGUUCUGACAGUCCGACACUCGCAGCUGGUAAUACCACACCGCGUAGACGAAAAGAUCAUCAGCAAGAUGUAUCUACUCCUAGCACCAGUACAGAUCUCAGGAUACCUUCCAUGUUUACGCCAAAGAGUAGAAAGGGUCUUCAAAAGGAGGAAGAUCGUCGAGUAGUUACAUGCCCAGUGUGCAAAGUGGAGGUGUCUGAAAAUAAUAUAAAUAGGCAUUUGGAUGAUUGUUUAAAGAGGGCGAACACAAAGGAUUGUCCUAAAAAAAGCGAACCAAAACGCAAACCAUUGCCAAAGUUAGUGUUAAGUUUAAUGAAAGAUAAUGUCAUACGAAAGAGAUUAAAGGAAUUGGGCUUAUCAUCUCAAGGAGACAGAAAAGUAUUAGAGAAUAGACUACAGAGAUACACAGUUCUUUUUAAUGCAGAAUGUGAUAAGACGUAUCCAAGACCUGUAUCGGAAUUAAUUAAGCAAUGUGAAGAAGAAGAGAAUUUGGAGAAGAAAGUACAAAAACCGUUAAAUAGACUGAAUGUCAACAGAAAUACAGAACAUAAUGUUAUAGAGCAACAGAGGAAAAAAUAUUUGACUACGAACAAGGAUAGUUUUGAUCAAUUAAUUGCAAGAGUAAAACAUGACAGUGAUCCACAAAAAAUGUGUGUUAGACGCAACAUAUUAAAUGAAAAAAAUUUUGAUGCACCACUUAAUGAUCGUGUUGCAGACAACGAUUCAACUAUCAAAGAUUGCCAGAGAAAUAAUUUUGCGUUGCUGAAUUCUUCUGCCAAUUGUAUCGAAGACUCAGAUUCAAGCUCUUCUCCCUUGCAAUCGUAUUUUAGCGAAAAUCCUAUGAAUUUUCUGUCUGUCGAAUUAGCUUCCUCUAACGAUUCCAUCGACCAGUGUGCUUCCAAUCAUUAUACCUCAAACUGUCAAAAUGAAACUAGUUCAGAUUCAUUUGAUCCUAUUAUAAAUUCGAAAAAUAUAAAGAUCAAGGAACCAUCUUUCGAAAAUGUUUUAAUCCAUGAAGAAAUAACUUCUAUUAAUCGAUCAAAACAGUGUGAUUUUCUGGACAAUGAAAUGGAUAUGGCCAUCAAAGAGUCAGUUUCUGAACUUGACAACAUGGAAACAGAAGAUGGAGUACAAACUAGAUUAAAGAACUUAAAGAGGAGUAGAAGUGACACAAAAUAUAGUUCGGACAAUGAAAUGGAUAUGGACAUCAAAGAGUCAGUUUCUGAACUUGACAACAUGGAAACAGAAAAUGGAGAACAAGCUAGAUUAGAGAACUUAAAGAGGAGUAGAAGUGACACAAAAUAUAGCUCGGGCAGACAUGUUGCAUAUUCUGAGCCUAGAGACAGGUGGCAGAAAGAAUUAUGCAAUGACAAUGUAGAUUCGAUUGUAGAAGAUGUCGAUUUUGUAGAAGACAGUAUUGAUAUUCAGGAUGAUUGUGAGAGACCAAAGCACGAGCAAUCAAAUAAAACGAUGACGGAAUACGCUGCUGGCAGCAUAAAAUCUGAAAAAGAAAAUAUGAAGAUAAAGGAUAAGAUACUGGAUAAAGAUAUAGCAACUUGGACUCUUCGAAAACGGGAGCGCGAAAUGGCAUUUGCGUUGAGUGACGAAGAAAAAAUUGUAGAGAGGGGAACGAUUGCUAGGAAGUCACUCCGGCUUGGUCUCAGCGAAGCUAAGGGAUUUAACAACGAAAAUUUCGGCGAAACUAUGCGGGAUGAAGAAAAAUCACAAAGUGAGAAGGAGCAGUCGCAGGUAAUUUGUUUGAAUAAUAUACGCAAUGUUGCGAGAAAAUCUGUUAGAUUGAGAAAUAAAAAGAGUAAAUGAUACAAAAAAAUUAACAACAUAAAUUGAAUCACGGGAUUCACCGAAGAUAAAUCAAAUUUUAUAUUUCUUGUUGGACAUUAGAAAAUGUAAAAAUAAGAACUAUUAGACUAAGUAAUCUUUUGUAGACAUAUAUUCAUUUAUUGUAUAUAUUUAUAUACUUGUGUAGUGCCUUUGAUAUAAAACAGAAAUGCAUAAUAUUUAUUUUUUAAGGCAUAACGAGAAUAAAAAUUAUUAAAAACAAUAAAAGUAAAUAUUAUAUACCUGUUGUUAUUGAAUGUCAUUCUGCUUUCUUGUUUAUAUACAGCAUAUUUUAUAAUUAUAUACAGUAAUAUAUUAUUAUUUGCUUUUUCUAAAAAAUUUCAAGACCAUUU